CACAUACAGCACUAAGCACUUCCACUUACACAUAUCGCCUACCUCAUCUCUCCCAUUUCCACCUCCACACAAAACUACACUCCAACAAUGGCAGCAGCCGCCGCCGCCACCUCCGCCGCCACCUCCGCCUCCAUCGCCGCCACUGCCAAGUCAGCACUCUCUCCACCCUCCUCAUCCCUCAGCAAACCCAACCUCUCAAGAUCCUCAUUAGGGUUUAUAUCCACGUCAGCACCCGCUUUAAAACCUCUCCUCUCUAGCCUACCCGCCAAACGAAAUGUCCCAUCCAAUCAAAAGUCUCCACUUGUCGUUCAAAUGGUGUCAGCUCCGUCGGCUGCUCCGACGAUUUCUCUUGAUUUUGAGACCUCUGUGUUCAACAAAGAGAAGAUCACUUUAACUGGUCAUGAUGAAUAUAUUGUAAGAGGUGGGAGAGAUUUGUUUCCUUUAUUGCCUAGUGCCUUGAAGGGGAUUAAGCAGAUUGGUGUCAUUGGCUGGGGCUCUCAGGGGCCAGCUCAAGCUCAGAAUUUGAGGGAUUCUCUUACUGAGGCAAAAUCUGACAUAGUAGUGAAGAUUGGGCUAAGGAAGGGAUCAAGCUCUUUUGCUGAAGCUCGUGCAGCUGGAUUCACUGAAGAGAGUGGAACUCUGGGGGAAAUUUAUGAAACUAUCGCUGGCAGUGAUCUUGUCUUGUUAUUGAUUUCAGAUGCUGCCCAGGCAGAUAACUAUGAGAAGAUAUUCUCUCACAUGAAACCAAACAGCAUCCUUGGUCUUUCCCAUGGUUUUCUUCUAGGACAUUUGCAAUCAUUGGGACGUGAUUUUCCUAAGAACAUAAGCGUUAUUGCUGUUUGCCCUAAGGGGAUGGGGCCUUCUGUACGUAGACUCUAUGUUCAGGGAAAAGAAAUAAAUGGUGCAGGAAUCAAUUCCAGUUUCGCCGUGCACCAGGAUGUUGAUGGUAGAGCUACUGAUGUUGCCUUAGGAUGGUCAGUUGCUCUCGGGUCUCCUUUUACAUUUGCCACCACAUUGGAGCAAGAGUACAAGAGUGACAUUUUUGGGGAGCGUGGCAUACUCCUGGGCGGUGUUCAUGGAAUUGUUGAGUGCUUAUUCAGAAGGUAUACUGAGAGUGGGAUGAAUGAAGAUUUAGCUUACAAGAAUACCGUUGAAUGUAUCACCGGAAUUGUAUCAAAAACCAUUUCAACUAAGGGUAUGCUGGCUGUUUACAACUCAUUGUCAGAAGAGGGCAAAAAGGACUUUGAAACUGCAUACAGUGCUUCAUACUAUCCUUGUAUGGACAUCCUAUACGAGUGUUAUGAAGAUGUUGCCAGUGGUAGUGAGAUUAGAAGUGUUGUUUUGGCCGGGCGUCGAUUCUACGAAAAGGAGGGUCUACCAGCUUUCCCAAUGGGCAAAAUUGAUCAAACACGGAUGUGGAUAGUGGGUGAGCGUGUCAGAGCAGUACGGCCCAAAGGCGACUUAGGUCCUUUGUAUCCCUUCACUGCUGGGGUGUUUGUAGCACUGAUGAUGGCUCAAAUUGAGGUCUUGAGAAAGAAGGGACACUCAUACUCCGAGAUCAUUAACGAGAGUUUGAUUGAAGCUGUCGAUUCGCUGAAUCCAUUCAUGCAUGCUAGAGGUGUCUCAUUCAUGGUCGAUAACUGUUCAACCACCGCCAGAUUAGGAUCAAGAAAGUGGGCACCUCGCUUUGACUACGUCCUUACCCAGCAAGCCUUUGUAUCUGUGGAUGCAGGCACUCCCAUCAACCAGGACCUCAUAAGCAACUUCAUGUCUGAUCCCGUUCACGGGGCUAUUAAAGUCUGUGCCGAGUUGAGGCCAACUGUUGACAUCUCAGUGCCUGCAGAUGCAGAUUUUGUUCGCCCAGAGUUGCGCCAGGGCAAUUAGAAAUGAAGAAAUUCAGCGUUGUAUGGAUUUCAUGAAGAUGUUUGUAGGAGUGAUGCGAGAUGAGUAGAAAGUAAUCUAGUGUAAGGUUGAGCAUCCUAUUUGGAUGAUAGAUUACUCGGUUAUGGUGUUUGCUGUGUUGUUUUAUUUCUUUUGGUCGAGUUAUGCAAGAACUUUGAAUGAGCUGUACUAAUAUUAGUCUCGGGUUGCUUAAUUUUGUAAGAACUUUUCUCUCAAUCUUAUGUUCUUGUUGCAGAUUAACUGCAUUUAUUUA